AAACCAAUUGACUAAAGAUGCAGAGAGAGAGAGAGAGAGAGGGACGACAGAGCCAAGCGAGAGAAGCACGAUCUGUGUCGUAUGUCCGGCCAAUCAUCCCACACACGAGGUCAUCAAUCACAUUGAAUAAAGUAUCGUCCAUCAUACAGACAAACAGACAGGUAUGUCUUGCGUGCGUCCAUGAUGGCGGUCGGUGUCGAUGACGCGGAAGUAGGCCAGCUGUGAGUAGCUCGUCACGUGUUGGGCGAUCCUCGGCAUCAGCGUCGCGACCCCCAACACGUCUCUGAGAGUGAUGUCCUGGUGGUGGUGGGGCUGCUGCUGCGACGAUGCACUGCUGGCACCUACAACACAAUCACACACACAAUCACACACACAAUCACCUGUGUGCCGGCAUGAUUGUGUCAUCCUGCAGCCUCUCUGUUACCAUUGGCAGCGGCCGACGCGGCAGAUGAAGAUGGCUCGUCAGCUAUAGAGUCACCGGCUCCUUCACAAGCAGCAGCAGAGAUAGUCACAUCUGCACACCUGCGAACAGACACAGCACGGACAUCAUAUCAGUGAAUGUGGCGCCUCAUCGAUAUGUGAGCCUCCGAGUGGCCUGUCAUUAGCUUGCCGUACCUCAGUUGGCUACUCGGCUGCCCUUGACUGUCGCUCUGUUGCUGGACGGCACUUGAAAGUGUCGGAAAUCUGCGACAAACACACAGACAUCACACAGACUGUCAUUACUGAUGCCAUCAGGCCUUGUCCUCUCUCACCUCACUGCGUCAGGUCACCGGGAGUCAGACAGAUUGGCGGCGGCAUCUGUGUUGAUCGAUGCAUCACGACAGCUCUUUGUGCACCUCCCACAC